AUUGGAUCAUUUCCUCUCAAGUUUUUGCUACAAAGGUUGGAACAAUGGUUACUAAAGGCAAUCUUUCCGCUGUGCUUCAUAAAGUUGACGAUCUUAGCUUGGAAGAACGCCCUAUCCCUCAACCUGGCAAGGGCGAGGUGCAAAUUCAGAUGCAUGCAGUUGGGAUCUGUGGUUCAGAUGUGCAUUACUGGAAGAAGGGAAGAAUUGGAGAUUUUAUCCUCACAGCACCCAUGGUCCUUGGACAUGAAUCAAGUGGAGUGGUAUCUGCUGUUGGUGAAGGGGUGACACAUCUUAAAGUUGGUGAUAGAGUAGCUAUUGAACCUGGUGCUGGUUGUCGUCAGUGCUCAUUCUGUAAGGAAGGACGGUAUAAUUUAUGUCCAGACAUGAAAUUUGCAGCAACACCUCCCAUUGAUGGCUCACUCUGCAGAUAUUAUGUUCAUGCUGCUGACUUUUGUUUCAAACUUCCAGACCAUGUUUCAUUUGAGGAAGGAGCUCUUCUAGAGCCUCUGUCUGUUGCUGUACAUGCAUGUCGCAGAGCAGGUAUCUCCAUUGGAAGCAAUGUACUUGUUUGUGGAGCAGGUCCCAUUGGUUUAGUUAAUCUCUUGACUGCUAAAGCUUGUGGUGCAAGCAAAGUGGCUAUCACAGAUAUUGAUGAGGGUCGACUGAACAAAGCCAAAGAACUUGGUGCUGACUAUAUCUUCAAAAUAGACCCUAGCAAAGACAGCCGUGAUAUAGCCAAGGAAAUUGAAAACAGCCUGGGUGCUGCAGAUCAAACCAUUGAAUGUACUGGAGCUGAGUCAAGCUUCCAUACAGCAAUUUAUGCGACAAAGUCAGGAGGAACACUUGUGGUUGUUGGAAUGGGAAAGCCAGUUGUUCAAUUUCCUAUUGUUGAUGCAUUGGUUAGAGAAGUGGAUAUAAGGGGAAUAUUCAGAUACACUAACUGUUAUCCUGCCGCCCUUGCAUUGGUUGCUUCUGGGAAAGUAGAUGCCAAACCACUGAUAACACAUCACUUCAAACUGGAGCAAUCACUUGAUGCUUUUGAGACUUCAAGAACUGGUGCUGGAGGAGCUAUAAAAGUUAUGAUUCACUGCAAUGAGGGAUAUCAGAUUUAAUGAAGAAACCUAAUAUAUGCCAAACUGUUGUCUCAAA